GCAGUGACUUGGCGCUAUGAGUUUUUUAAAGGAGCAAAGGGGAAGGUUUAAUGAUUUUAUCGAUGUUGCGCUUGAAAAACUUGAGUUCGCUCUAAAUUUAGUAGAAAUUCCUGAUUGUACAACAAUUAAACAACAAAAAGUUAGGCAAAGGUCUAAAUCAACUCAGACGGACUUUGAAUUUCUUGACUCUCACCUGGUCAUUUCAAAAAUAAAUGAAGUUGGCGUAAAGGAUAUUCCUACUUUACCACCUGAAGCUGAAGUAGAUGCCUGCCGCAUUGAAAGGAAGGCUUCUGAAAAUUUCAAGUACUCUCUCCUGCUAGUCCUUUUCCUUACUUUUCUUAUCUGCCUGGCCUUGACUUGCAGCAAGUUGAAAUACUACAAACUUAUGAAAGAUUUGGAGACUAGUACACGAAAGCAACGAAACAUUAACCAAAUUCGUCAGUAUGAAGGCUACUACAUUCCAGAAAGUUCUAAUGAUAAUCCAGACGUUUCCUUAAAAAUUUCACUUGAACAGCAUAAGGUAUUGACUAAAGAGUUAAAUUUUACAGAUGUACAGAGGAAGCAGCUUUGGAACUAUAUGUGUUCGUUCCAAGCACUAGAGCGUGCUACUCCUUUGAAUGACGACAACCUCAAUCUUCGAGAAGUUUUGGAUGACUUCAACGUUGAAACUGCUUUGUACUUAGUGGGAACCAUUUACGUUCUAUUUACGUUAUACACAAAAUCUAUUAAAUUUCUGCUGGGAAGUAACACCGCUCCUACGCCUUUGGGCGCCCGGACGGCUCGUCUCCUCCCGUUUUUCCGCUCUCUUUUUCUUGUGUUUGCUAUGGCUUACGUCGGCCUGCAAAACUUUAAGGAGCGAAAAGCGAAUUUGUGGGUCUCGUUUGGUACCUUACGUAGAUUAUUUAGUAGGGGAGCGUAAAGGUCUCUGGUUUUCUUAAACCCUUCUUUAACACU